AUUAUGAUGGCACACAUCCCAACAACUUAAAAAAAAGUUGAAGACAUCAGGCACCAAUUCCGAAAUCUGGCAUCCGCCCACGUGCCGGCGAUGCCGCCGCCUAACUAGACCAUUUCAAGCAAAGCCUUCCCGGCUCCCGCAACCUCCUCUCCGUCCCAUAAUCCCAUUUGAUUUCAACCUCCUCCCUCUCAGCUCCCCCCCACCCCCUCUCUCUCUAAAAACCUCCGACCAGAAUUCCAAUUCCAACCUCAUCCAUGGCCUCCCCAAUCGACCGCCCCACAUUCCGCACCAAAAUCCUCCUCAACCACCUCCUCCUCAACCCCGACCAAACCCUACCUCCCCUCGCGCCUUCUCCCUGCCUCAACUACUCCCCUCCCGAACUCUCCAAUAGUUUCCAAUUCGACACGCGCGAGAUGCGAAAGCUGUCCGACGGCCACCACGUGGCGGAUAGGGACUGGCUGUUCGGGCUGAUGACGCAGAGCAAGCUGUUCUGCCCCAGGGAGAGGGGCGCCGGUAGGGUCUUCGUCGGCCCGGAUUAUAACCAGUCGAUGGAGCAGCAGAGGGAGAUGACUAUGAGGAGGAUCGAGUACUUGUUGGGGAGAGGGGUGUUUGAAGGCUGGCUCACGGGGAAAGGGCCCGAGGCGGAGUUCAGGAAGCUGGCGUUUUUGGAAGUCUUGGGGAUUUUUGAUCACUCGCUCGCGAUUAAGCUCGGGGUUCACUUCUUUUUAUGGGGUGGUGCCAUCCAAUUUUUCGGCACAAAGCAUCAUCAUGAGAAGUGGUUGAGGGACACUGAAAAUUACGUGGUCAAGGGUUGCUUUGCAAUGACUGAGUUGGGGCAUGGAAGUAAUGUUCGAGGCAUUGAAACAGUCACCAUAUAUGAUUCAAGCACUGGGGAGUUUGUCAUCAACACUCCAUGUGAAUCAGCUCAGAAAUAUUGGAUUGGAGGAGCAGCUAAUCAUGCAACACACACGAUAGUAUUUUCACAGCUGAACAUAGAUGGAACCAAUCACGGGGUCCAUGCUUUUAUAGCCCAGAUAAGAGAUGCAAAUGGCAACGUCUGCCCAAACAUCCGCAUAGCUGAUUGUGGUCAUAAGAUUGGUUUAAAUGGUGUUGACAAUGGUCGAAUCUGGUUUGAUAAUGUCCGCAUCCCCAGAGAGAAUUUGUUGAAUUCUGUAGCUAAUGUUUCUCCUGAUGGGCAAUAUCUCAGUGCAAUAAAAAAUCCAGAUCAGAGGUUUGCGGCAUUCAUGGCCCCGUUGACUUCUGGUCGUGUAACGAUUGCUUGCAGUGCGAUUUACACAUCAAAGAUUGGUUUAGCAAUUGCCAUAAGGUACUCAUUGAGCAGGCGAGCAUUUUCUGUUACACCUAAUGGGCCUGAAGUUCUUUUGCUUGAUUAUCCAAGUCAUCAACGGCGGCUCUUGCCUCUUCUUGCAAAGACAUAUGCAAUGAGCUUUGCUGCUAAUUAUUUGAAAACAAUAUUUGUGACGAGGACACCUGAAUCAAACAAAACCAUCCACGUUGUUUCAAGUGCAUUCAAGGCUACAUUAACUUGGCAUAACAUGCGAACUCUUCAGGAAUGUCGUGAAGCUUGUGGUGGACAAGGUAUGAAGACUGAAAAUCACGUAGGCCAUCUAAAAGGUGAAUUCGAUGUGCAAUCCACAUUUGAGGGGGAUAACAACGUUCUUAUGCAACAGGUUAGCAAGGCACUUCUAGCUGAAUAUAUAGCAGCUCAGAAGAGGAACAGACCAUUUAAAGAAUUGGGUCUGGAACAUAUGAACAAAUCUUGUCCUGUCAUCCCUUCUCAGCUCACAAAUUCUACCCUCAGGAGCAUCCAAUUCCAGACUGAUAUAUUUUGCCUAAGAGAGCGAGAUCUACUUAGUCGCUUUGCUGCAGAAGUUUCAGCACACGAAGCACAGGGACAAAGCAAAGAAUACGCAUUCAUUCUGAGUUAUCAACUUGCUGAAGACUUGGGCAAGGCCUUCUCAGAACGAUCAAUUUUCCAAACCUUUAUCGAGGCUGAGGCAGCUUUAUCUAGUGGCUCGUUGAAGGAUAUAUUAGGCCUUGUGAGGACCAUGUAUGCAUUGAUCAGCUUGGAAGAAGAUGCCUCGUUCCUCCGAUACGGCUACUUAUCACCGGAUAAUGCUGCUGCCGUCAGGAAAGAAGUGGCUAAACUGUGCAGUGAACUCCGACCCCAUGCACUAGCCUUGGUCAGUUCUUUCGGGAUACCUGAUGCUUUCUUGAGCCCUAUAGCCUACAAUUGGAUUGAGGCAGAUUCUUGGUUUUCUGUUAAAAAAUAGGCUGAGGUACUUUCAAAACAAUAGUACUCCUACUAAGUAUGGAAUUUCUAUAAAAAUAAUCGAGGUUUAAAAGUCAUUGAUCAGCUUGGAAGAAGAUGCCUCGUUCCUCCGAUACGGCUACUUAUCACCGGAUAAUGCUGCUGCUGUCAGGAAAGAAGUGACUAAACUGUGCAGUGAACUCCAACCCCAUGCACUAGCCUCGGUCAGUUCUUUCGGGGUUCCUGAUGCUUUCUUGAGCCCUAUAGCCUACAAUUGGAUUGAGGCAAAUUCUUGGUUUUCUGUUCAAAAAUAGGCUGAGGUACUUUCAAAACAAUAGUACUCACUACUACUACUACUCCUACUAAGUAUGGAAUUUUUAUAAAAAUAAUCGACGUUUAAAAGCCAUUUAAGCAGGGCUACUUGUUUUAUAUAAUUAAUAAACAUCUUGCUUUGUCCUUUAUUUCGUCCCAUGACAUCUGGACGAACUGGUAUCUUGUAUCUUUAUAUUGUAUAUUUUUCAGUUGGUGAUUAAUCUUGGAAGUUAAAUUCAAUUGGUGUUUCUA